AUGGCGGAGCGAGAGAGCGGCGGCCUGGGCGGGGGGGCCGCGUCCCCGCCUGCCGCCUCCCCAUUCCUGGGGCUGCACAUCGCAUCGCCUCCCAAUUUCAGGCUCACCCAUGACAUCAGCCUGGAGGAGUUUGAAGAUGAAGACCUCUCAGAGAUCACGGAUGAGUGUGACAUCAGCCUGCAGUGCAAAGACACCCUGUCUUUACGGCCCCCGCGUGCCGGGCUGCUGUCUGGGGGAGGCGGCGGCAGCGCGGGGAGCCGGCUGCAGGCAGAGAUGCUGCAGAUGGACCUGAUCGACGCGACCGGGGACACUCCCGGCGCCGAGGACGACGAGGAGGACGAGGAGGAGCGCGCGGCGCGGCGGCCGAGCGCGGGGCCGCCCGCGGCUGAGCCCGGCCACGAGCCGGCUCCCCGCGGCCAGGGCCAGGGCCCGGGCAGCGGAGACACGUACCGACCCAAGAGGCCCACCACGCUCAAUCUCUUCCCGCAGGUGCCGCGGUCUCAGGACACGCUGAAUAAUAAUUCUCUGGGCAAGAAGCACAGUUGGCAGGACCGGGUGUCUCGAUCAUCCUCACCCCUGAAGACAGGGGAGCAGACACCCCCUCAUGAACACAUCUGCCUGAGUGAUGAGCUGCCCCCCCUGAGCAGCCCCGCCCCCACCAAGGACCGCGGCACCUCCACCGACAGUCCUUGCCGCCGCAGUGCUGCCACACAGAUGGCACCUCCAGGGGGCCCCCCUGCCGCCCCAUCUGGUGGCCGGGGCCACUCGCAUCGAGACCGCAUCCACUACCAGGCGGACGUACGGCUAGAGGCCACCGAAGAGAUCUACCUGACGCCAGUGCAAAGGCCCCCAGACCCUGUGGAGCCCAGCUCUGCCUUCCUGCCACCAGCUGAGAGCCGCAUGUCAGUCAGUUCUGACCCAGACCCCGCCACCUACUCCUCAGCUGCUGGGCAGCCGCACCCCUCCAUCAGCGAAGAAGACGAGGGCUUCGACUGCCUGUCGUCCCCAGAGCGGGCCGAGCCACCUGGCGGCGGAUGGCGGGGGAGCCUGGGAGAGCCACCACCGCCUCCACGGGCUUCACUGAGCUCGGACACCAGCGCCCUGUCCUACGACUCAGUCAAGUACACGCUGGUGGUGGAUGAGCAUGCCCAGCUGGAGCUGGUGAGCCUGCGGCCGUGCUUCGGGGACUACAGUGAUGAGAGCGACUCGGCCACCGUCUACGACAACUGUGCCUCCGCCUCCUCGCCCUAUGAGUCGGCCAUCGGGGAGGAAUACGAGGAGGCCCCCCAGCCCCGGCCCCCUGCCUGCCUGUCCGAGGACUCCACACCUGACGAGCCUGACGUCCACUUCUCCAAGAAGUUCCUGAACGUCUUCAUGAGCGGCCGCUCUCGCUCUUCUAGUGCAGAGUCCUUUGGGCUGUUCUCCUGCAUGAUCAAUGGGGAGGAGCAGGAGCAGACUCAUCGGGCCAUAUUCAGGUUUGUGCCUCGACACGAAGAUGAACUUGAGCUGGACGUGGACGACCCGCUGCUGGUGUUGCUGCAGGCCGAGGACUACUGGUAUGAGGCCUACAACAUGCGCACAGGGGCCCGGGGCGCCUUUCCCGCCUACUACGCCAUUGAGGUCACCAAGGAGCCUGAGCACAUGGCAGCCCUGGCCAAAAGCAGCGACUGGGUGGACCAGUUCUGGGUGAAGUUCCUGGGCUCAGUCCAGGUCCCCUAUCACAAGGGCAACGACGUCCUCUGUGCUGCUAUGCAAAAGAUUGCCACCACCCGCCGGCUCACCGUGCACUUUAACCCGCCCUCCAGCUGCGUUCUAGAGAUCAGCGUGCGGGGUGUGAAGAUAGGCGUCAAAGCUGAGGACUCCCAGGAGGCCAAGGGGAAUAAAUGUAGCCACUUUUUCCAGUUAAAAAACAUCUCCUUCUGUGGAUACCAUCCAAAGAACAACAAGUACUUUGGGUUCAUCACCAAGCACCCUGCCGACCACCGGUUCGCCUGCCAUGUCUUUGUGUCUGAGGAGUCCACCAAAGCCCUGGCGGAGUCCGUGGGGAGAGCAUUCCAGCAGUUCUACAAGCAGUUCGUGGAGUACACCUGUCCCACAGAAGACAUCUACCUGGAGUAG